GCUGAAAGUAACGACGGUUGAACCCGAAGGACGUGUGUGUGUGUGUUGUGUGUGUGUGUGUGUGUGUGUGUGUGUGUGUGUGUGUGUGUGUGUGUGUGUGUACUAACCCGGAGGCAGCACACUGAGGACGAGGAGCAAACAUUUGAGGGACACUGAGCUGCACGACCAAUAGACACACAGAGGGGUUUGGAGGAUGAGCGGAGACGGGAUGGAGGCGCAGGGGGGUGCAAGGAGGAUGCUCCGGUUCCAGCGGCCGCACGCGUCAGUGCCCCAGUUCACCAACUCCCCAACCAUGAUCGUGAUGGUGGGACUCCCAGCCAGAGGGAAAACCUACAUCUCUAAGAAGCUCACCAGAUACCUGAACUGGAUCGGAGUGACCACUAAAGUGUUCAACGUCGGGCAGUACAGAAGAGAUGCCACACGUUCCUACAACAGCUUUGAGUUCUUCAGACCUGACAACACAGAGGCCAUGAAGAUACGCAAGGCGUGUGCCGUUGCUGCCCUGAAAGAUGUGUGUGACUACUUCACCAGAGAGCUGGGCCAGGUCGUGGUUUUUGAUGCCACCAACACCACUGCCGAGCGCAGAGAGAUCAUCCUCAGCUUUGCCAAAGAAAAUGGCUACAAGGUUUUCUUUGUGGAGUCUAUAUGUGAUGAUCCAGAAAUCAUUGCUCAGAACAUUAAACAAGUAAAGCUGAGCAGUCCGGACUAUGUGGACUGUGACAAAGAGGAGGCGGUGGCCGACUUUCUGAAGAGGAUCGAAUGUUACAAGCUAACCUACAUCCCUCUGGACGACAACAGGGACAGAAACUUGUCGUACAUUAAGAUCUUUAACGUGGGCAGCAGGUACCUGGUGAACCGGGUCCAGGACCACAUCCAGAGUCGGAUUGUCUACUACCUGAUGAACAUCCAUGUCACCCCAAGAUCCAUCUUCUUGUGUCGCCACGGAGAGAGCGAGCUCAACCUUGUGGGUCGUAUCGGGGGAGACUCGGGGCUUUCACCUCGUGGGGCAAAGUUUGGCAGUUCUUUGGGCACCUACAUGCGUGGUCAGUGCAUCAACGACCUGAAGGUUUGGACGAGCCACAUGAAGAGGACAAUCCAGACCGCCGAGGCUCUGGGAGUCCCGUACGAACAGUGGAAGGCCCUGAACGAGAUCGACGCUGGUGUGUGUGAGGACAUGACGUACGAGGAGAUUCAGAAGAAUUACCCGGAGGAGUUUGCACUGAGGGACCAGGACAAGUAUCGCUACCGCUACCCCAAAGGAGAGUCCUACGAGGACCUGGUCCAGCGUCUGGAGCCAGUCAUCAUGGAGUUGGAGCGACAGGAAAACGUUCUGGUCAUCUGUCACCAGGCGGUGAUGAGAUGUCUGCUCGCCUACUUCCUGGACAAAACUGCUCAUGAGCUGCCAUACCUGAAGUGUCCUCUGCACACCGUCCUCAAACUCACACCGGUUGCCUACGGAUGUAAAGUGGAGUCUGUCUUCCUCAACAUCGAAGCUGUCAACACACACAGAGACAAACCUGUGAACGUUGACGUGGACAGAGAGCCGGAGGAGGCGUUGGAGACGGUCCCUGAACACAUCUAGAGGAAAAACGGCCAGCUUGUUUCAUGGAUCGCGUCCUUUUUUAAUUUAAGUAAUCAAAGUGUUCGUCGUGAUGUCUGAAACAGACAUUUCUUUUCCAUCGUAAAGCUCUUAAUGGAGCCAAAUGUCUGAGACACGAAGAAGACGAAUGAACUGCUGAACAAUGAACACAUGACCAGCGUCACUGUUUAUUCUUUCUUUCUUCAUCCCCUCAUUCUUCUGCACCUCCUCUCUUGUUCUUUAACUAGACCUGUCAGUCUGAGCCGCACUGUGUUAUCGUGUCUCCACAUUCACACAGAUACAUCAUGAAAUCAUAAUCAGAGACAAUCUAGUCUCCACAGUACUGUGGAGGAACGUCUGGCUGCACCACAGAUGCAUUCUGGGAUAGGAAAAACCUUCUGGGUUGUUUACAUUUCUUUAAACCA